GGGGAAGCAGGAAAAAUAGUAUAUUCCCUACCGUUAACCUUUCUGACCCAGUCUAUGUGACAGGGUGCGCGAGUCACAGUGUAGUUCGUUAUAUGUUUGCGCGUGCGCCUGAGCGAGGGGCGUCUCUCCGAGCUCCUCACCUCAGAAACCGAAAGUAGCAGGUGAGUGAGGGAGGAAGGAAAGAAAACUGAGGAGAUUCUGGGGCAUACGCCCAAGAUCUCAGACUGGCAGAACAUGGUGUUGGAAGCAAGGGUGGUGGUAGUCGUGUCUGGGAAGUGAAGAGGUGCCACUGGCCCAGGAGUAGUUCCCAAGACAUGGAUUAUGAAAGACGAGGUGGCCGUGGAGAUAGAACUGGCCGAUAUGGUGCCUCUGACAGCUCCCAAGAUGAAGGAAUAGAGAGCCGAAGUCUGAGAGACCAUGAUUAUCGAGACAUGGAUUACCGUUCCUACCCCCGAGACUUCAGCAGCCAGGACUUCAGGCGUGAUUAUGAUGACUCAUCUGAGCACAGUGUUGAGGAUUCUUAUGAGGUUUCUUCAGGUUUUGAAACACUGCGUAAGCGGCAUAGCCCUGCUGAGCCAUUGCGUUUCCCUGGAGAUGGAGACUACCGGGACCAAGAUUAUCGGACAGAACAAGGGGAGGAGGAUGAGAAGGCCAGUAACAUCAUCAUGCUGAGGAUGCUGCCACAGGCAGCAACUGAAAAUGACAUACGAAUACAAUUGCAGGCUUAUGGAAUCCAGGCAAGGGAGGUACGACUGAUGAGGAACAAAUCCUCUGGUCAGAGCCGGGGCUUCGCUUUUGUUGAAUUUAAUCAUUUGCAGGAUGCUGCACGUUGGAUGGAAGCUAAUCAGCAUUCUCUCAACAUUCUGGGUCAGAAGGUUUCCAUGCACUACAGUGAUCCCAAGCCUAAAAUUAAUGAGGAUUGGCUUUGCAAGAAGUGUGGAGUUCAAAACUUCAAACGUCGGGAGAAGUGUUUCAAAUGUGGUGUGCCCAAAUUAGAAGCUGAACAGAAGCUACCAGUAGGAAUACAACUGGACCAGCAGGCAAUGCCUUUGGGUGUCCGAGAACCAAGCCAAGGCCUGCUGCCUCUACCACAAUCGUACCAGACCCAGGGUGUACUUGUGUCCCAUGUUUUGUCCCAGAGCUCUGAGCCCAACUCUGAGAAUGCUAAUGACACCAUAAUACUACGCAACCUGAAUCCUCAUAGCACCAUGGACUCAAUCUUGGGGGCUUUGGCACCCUAUGCUGUACUGUCAUCUUCCAAUGUCCGAGUCAUCAAAGACAAACAGACACAGCUGAACCGGGGCUUUGCCUUCAUCCAGCUAUCUACCAUCGUGGAGGCUGCUCAGCUGCUUCAAAUUCUCCAGGCUCUGCACCCUCCACUUACUAUUGAUGGCAAGACAAUCAAUGUGGAAUUUGCCAAGGGUUCUAAGAGGGAUAUAUCCUCCAAUGAUGGGAACCGUAUCAGUGCCGCUUCUGUGGCCAGUACAGCAAUUGCUGCUGCACAGUGGGCCAUCUCACAGACAUCCCAGGGUGGGGAGGGAAACUGGAUGGCUCCAGAAGAGGCAGUGGCAGACUACAGCUACUAUCAGCAUGAUGAGAGCUAUUGUGUCCCAAGAAGUGAAGCUACUCCUUAUAGCCAUAGUGGCUAUGUUAAAACCAAGACUCUGGGUGUAGCAAGUAGCAAAGUUGAACUGACUGGAAUAGGCUCUGAGACUUCUCUGGAACCUAGCAUAUCUGGCAUGGAUAUGCCACUCAUCCAGACCUUUCACCAUGUCCAGCCCAAUGUCUAUCAGCAGACAGGUACUGAAGUGGGCUGUGCCCAGGGGGCAGUGACCAUUACCCAGGCCCAGUCAUACACAAUUGUGUCCCCUGCUAUUUUGAAGGCAGAGCUUCUCAGUUCAGCUCAGCUUAGCUCUGCAUCAUCAGUUGCCACCAGCUCCUCUGUUCAGGAUUCCUAUGGCCAGUACCCUAUACCUGAUGUUUCCACCUACCAAUAUGAUGAGACUUCAGGCUAUUAUUAUGAUCCUCAGACUGGGCUUUAUUAUGACCCCAACUCUCAGUAUUAUUAUAAUGCCCACAGUCAGCAAUACCUAUAUUGGGAUGGAGAACGGCGCACUUAUGUGCCUGCCCUAGAGCAGGUAACUGACGGACACAAGGAAACAAGUAUCAGCUUGAAGGAGGGAAAAGAAAAGAAGGAGAAGCACAAGACCAAGACAGCACAACAGAUUGCGAAGGACAUGGAGCGUUGGGCCCGAAGUCUCAAUAAGCAGAAGGAAAACUUCAAAAAUAGCUUCCAACCCAUUAGUGCCCUAAAGGAGGAUGAGCGUCGUGAAUCAGCUACAGCUGAUGCUGGUUAUGCCAUCCUUGAAAAAAAGGGAGCACUGACUGAGAGGCAGCAUGUCACUAUGGAACUCCCUAAACUUACUAGUGAUGAGCGUCUGAGUCCACCACGAGGACUAGUGGCUGCAUACAGUGGGGAAAGUGAUAGUGAAGAGGAACUUGAGAGGAAUACCGAAAGGGAGGAAAGACUCACAGACUGGCAGAAAUUGGCUUGCCUUCUUUGCCGACGCCAAUUCCCUAGCAAAGAGGCUCUAAUCCGCCACCAGCAACUUUCUGGACUACAUAAGCAAAACCUAGAGAUUCAUCGACGUGCCCACCUAUCUGAGAAUGAACUAGAGGCACUGGAGAAGAAUGACAUGGAGAUGAAAUAUCGAGACCGGGCAGCAGAACGCCGAGAGAAAUACGGCAUUCCUGACCCUCCAGAACCCAAAAAAAGGAAAUUUGGAACCAUGGCUGCCACCACUGUAGGCCUUGAACAAUCGACUCAGCAUGGGCUGAGCAGCAACAACAUUGGUAGUCGCAUGCUGCAAGCCAUGGGAUGGAAGGAAGGCAGUGGGCUAGGCCGUAAGAAGCAGGGCAUUAUCACCCCCAUUGAGGCCCAUACAAGGGUUCGGGGCUCUGGCCUAGGCUCUCGGGGCAGCUCCUACAAUGUCACUUCAUCUGAGUCAUACAAAGGAACUCUCCACAAGACCAUGCUGACCCGCUUCAGUGAGACCGAGUGAUCUCCAGCUGGCACCUCCCCAAAUGCCCUGUUGUCUUUUGAGACAACCAUAAUCUGGGGAGCAAAUAUUUGAAAAUGGCAAGAUUUGGCCUUUUGUUAACACACCCACCCACCCCCAUUCCCACCAUUCACACACAUGGGAAACUCUCCUCCAAGGCACCUUUUAGUUUGCAACUUUUGUUGGGAAGUUAUUACCUCCCAUUUCCCUGUGUGUCCUGUUAAUUUUCUAAUAAAACCUGAGAAGUCACGAAUAAUUUUUGGGCUCCUGAGAUUGGUUCAAUUGAAGAUGGUGAACCAGAAUGUCACUGGAAAUCUGCUGCAUUGUUUCCUUCUGGUUAUAGAAGUUCUGAAUAGGUGACCUAAGAAAGAUAUAAGAGCCUGGAAGUUGCAUCAGGAACAUUUAUGCUUACCAGUGUACCCCUUUUUGGGAAAGAUUGGACUGUGGGAAUGUUUGGCAUUAUUACAUACAUCACUAGCAUCUUCAGGUUUGAGUUUGCUUUUCCCAUUUCCUAAGACUUUCAUUUGUUCCUGAUCUAAUUGUGGUCACUUAAUUCCUACCUCCAGUUGAAAUCUUAGUUUACAUGGUUUUCCUGUACCUAUGCAUUUACUUUUGACUAUUGUGGUGCUUUCCUUGGAAUAGCCUAGGUGAAAUUGAAAUUCUUGUUUUAUGUUCACUAGAUUGAGCCUGAUUCUCAUAAACUAUCUUUUCUUUUGUCUGAUUAAAAAUCUUAUGAAAACAG